AUGUCAGCUCCCACAGCAGCACCCGAACCGCCCCCAAACCUACUCCACGUCCAAUUCAAAAACCCAGAAUACCUCUCGUACCUCUCGCACCUACAGGCCACAGGCCAAGUCACCGACCCCUCGAGCACAGCCAAACCAGACCCCGCACACCCGCUCACCGAAUACAAUGUCAUGUCGUACUUCGCCACCUCGCCCUUCUUCGACCGACGUAGCAACAACGAGCAGAUCCGCAUGCAGAAUAUUGCAAACGGUCUUGCUGUGGGCGUGGGGAUGGGGGCGAGGCAGGAGGAGCAGGAGCUGAAGCGGUUUACCGGGUUGGAGUUUGUGCUGGUCCAUGCGAGGGCUCCGGCGUGUUUUGUGGUGCAGAAGCGCUGGAGGAGCUCGCCGUCUGAAUCAACGCCGCUAGCAGCGUACUAUAUCAUCAACGACUCGAUCUAUCAGGCCCCUGACUUGUACUCGGUCCUUGCGACUCGGUUGCAAUCCACAGUGUACGGCCUCAAAACCUCUCUCUCAACCCAACGCCGAGCCCGACCCUCCUUCGACCCACGCCGCGGCCAUCACGGUCGCUUUAUCGUCCCCGACCCCGCACCCUCCGACACCUCGACCGGUACACGCUCUAACGCCGAACAGGACCCCAAGGACGACGCAGUCCUACAAGACGAGGAGGAGGCAGAUGAGGACGAUGACCAUAACGACGACGACGACGAUAUCGACUUCGAAGACGUCACCGCCCAACCCACGCCCACUGCCCCUGUCGCGAAGAGAGCGCGAUUCGACUAG